AGAGGCGAGGAAUGUUACUAAAAAAAGAGAGAGUGAGAAGUGAGAAGAAAACAAGAGAGGGUUAAGUGAUCUGGAAUUGCAAAAUGCAGAGAGUGAUAAUACCCAACAAGCACGGUCAGAAACUGGUCGGCAUAUUGCACGAAUGUGGAACCACAGACAUUGUAAUCUUGUGUCAUGGUUUUCGAUGCUCAAAAGAUACCAAUCUGUUAUUGAACCUUGCUGUUGCAUUGGAAAAUGCAAAAAUUAGUUCUUUCCGCUUUGACUUUUCUGGAAAUGGGGAAAGUGAAGGUUCGUUUCAGUAUGGUAACUAUUGGACAGAGGUUAAUGAUUUACAUGCUGUAGCCCAACAUUUCCGUGAAUCAAAUCGUGUAAUCAGUGCAAUUGUUGGGCAUAGUAAAGGAGGUGACGUAGUGCUUCUGUAUGCUUCAAAAUAUCAUGACAUUAAAACAGUUGUCAACCUCUCCGGACGUUAUGAUUUGAAGGCAGGAAUUGAAGAUCGCCUUGGAAAAGAUUAUUUGGAAAGAAUUAGAAAGGAUAGUUUCAUUGAUGUGAAGAAGAGGUCAGUUUUGAACUUGAGAUAUAUUUCAACAGUUUUGAGGACACCUACUGUUGCAGGAAGUUUUGAUUUUCGUGUAACUGAGGAAAGUCUGAUGGAUCGCUUGGGUACAAAUAUGCAUGAAGCGUGCCUUCAGAUUGACAAAGAAUGCAGGGUUUUUACAAUUCAUGGUUCUUCCGACCAAAUUAUCCCUGUUGAAGAUGCAUUAGAGUUUGCCAAGAUCAUACCAAACCACAAGUUACAUAUCAUUGAAGGAGCUGAUCAUGCAUUUAAUAAUCAUCAAGAUGAGUUAUCCUCAGUUGUUGUGAACUUCAUAAAGAAAACCUUGCACCAGAACAAGGGUACUGCUAGCUAGUUUCGAGCCAAUUGGAUAUGGAGUUUAUCAAGUUUUCACUCUACAGGGUCCCUAACUGAAUCUGCCUAACAUGUUCCACAUGUUUGAGCCCUUCUACAUGGUGCUUAUUAAAUUUGAGAAUCUUGCUUGAUUCUGUUUAAUAGGAGAAAAUAAAUAGUUGAUAUAAAGGUCCCACCGAUAUCUAUACCACUAUUAUUUGUCUCUUAUGUACAGACUUUAAUUUAACAGUACAUUUUAUGUCUGAUUAAGU